CUUGCCGAAGUCGAAAGUCUGUGUCACAAUUACAAGGGAAAAGAUCGAAGAAAAGCGUGUGGUGAGGAUUGGUUCGCCUGGCUCAACUUGCGCGUGGAUCUGCAGAGUUACGGGCACUUCACGGAGCUGUGCGCAUUCCUCUUUUUCUGCUGCGUCCUGCUGAGUCCUGACUCCGUGUCAGCACGCAUGAUGGCAGGGGCGGAACGAGUAAAAGACUCCGAGAACAACAAUUUUUCAUCCGCGAAGACGAAGACGUCGGAUCUGCAGCGUAGUGGUCGUGAAGAAGAUCACGCUCCUCCAUCGCGAAAAAAAUGGGGUUGGUUUUACGCAGUGACAUUGUUUCUGGGAUUGUUGCCGCAGUGUCUCAUCAGCCGGCCAAGCGUCUACGACUUCACCAUGUUCAUUUACACAGUGCUGCUUGUCGUCUUUCUGCGGCUUGGGUCGAUGGCAUUUUAUGAGCCAGCACAGCAGGAGGCGGGUGACUUUUGCAGCGGGAAAAGUAAAACCGUGCAAGGUCGGCUGAAAUUGGAGCGUAUUCUGCAGGCGGCAGCGCUUUUCUCCUUCUUGUUGUUGAUUUGUCAGCAGCUGUACCAGAGUCCAUGGGCGCCGUGCCCGGUAUCCGCAGCGGUCGAUAGAGAUAAGCACAGGAAUCGUCGCAGCACCGCGG